ACAUGUAGCAGUGUGCUGCUCAGAGCUCUGCAGCUGUGCCGUUAAGAAGUUCAGCACUGCUGCCUCUCUAAAGAAGAAUAAUGGGGAAAAAAAACAUGUCUCUCUUCUGGAAUUGAUAUGCACAGCCCCAGCAAAAUUACUGCCUCUCAAAUCAUAUUUCAAGAAAGACCACAAACUGGAAGAAAUUUAAGGCUUGACAACGAAAAAGGAGCUCAGUACAGGCUUCAACAAAUGCACACAGCACUGUGUCUCUCAUUAUCGUGGUUUGAGUUGAAGUAUUUUCAUCCAGGGAAUACAGAAUGAGGACUGGGUGGAUAUUUUGGACUGGAAUCCUCAUUUUCAGCCUGCCAGCUGUAUGUGGCACUUUUAGAUACGAACCAGCUCGCUGUAAUUGUAACGGGAAGUCUCACCAGUGCACUGUGGAUGCGGUGGGAGUGCGCUGUUUGAACUGCCUCGACAACACAGACGGACGAAACUGUGAGAGGUGUAAGACGGGCUAUUUCCGCCAGAGGGCGGGAGACCAAUGCCAGGCCUGUAGCUGCAAUCCCCUGGGAUCAGUCAGCUCACAGUGCGAUAGCAAUGGGCGCUGUAGCUGCAAACCUGGAAUUCUGGGAGAGAAGUGUGACCGCUGUCAGUCAGGAGCCAGGCUCACACAGACAGGCUGUACAGGAAGGUGCAGUCUAGGCAUUAAUGGCCAGCUAACUGAUAAUCCUGCUGAAUGUCUGUCCUGUUUCUGCUAUGGACACUCCACAGACUGUAGCUCAGCCGAUGGGUACACAGCCCACUCCAUCACCUCCACGUUCGACAGCAAUCCCGAAGGAUGGCUUGCUGCUUUCCGAAAGGGCUCCAGCGUGCAGUUUGGCUGGUCCCAGAGGCAUCGUGACAUUGAAGUGACAUCCAGGGAUAACAUCCCAGUCUACCUAUAUGCGCCAGAGUCCUUCCUGGGGAACCAGAUGCUGAGCUAUGGGCAGACCCUGUCCUUCUCCUUCAGGGUGGACAGAGGACAUCGCCAGCCAUCCACCACAGAUGUUGUGCUGGAGGGUGCGGGGCUGAAGGUGGCAGCUCCACUGGCUGACCUGAGAAGAAGCCUGCCCUGUGGUCAGAAAAUAACAUACUCCUUCAAGCUUGAUGAGCAGCCACAGAGUAAAUGGCAGCCACAGCUCACUGCUCUCCAGUUCCAGAAGCUGCUUCAGAACCUGACAGCCAUCAAGAUCCGAGGCACCUAUGGUGAAAACAGCCGAGGCUACCUGGAUGAUGUGACACUAGUGUCAGCCCGUCGUGGGUCUGGUGCCCCCGCCUGGUGGGUAGAGAGGUGUAACUGCCCCAAGGGCUACAACGGGCAGUUCUGUGAGAAGUGUGCCCCAGGGUUCAAGAGGACACCUCCCAGCAGUGGCCCCUUCAGCGAAUGUGUGCCCUGUAACUGCCGAGGAGGCAGCUGUGAUCCUGAAACAGGAGAUUGCUUCUCUGGAGACGAGAACCGAGGGGAUGUGUCGUGCCCUCCUGGUUCCUAUAAAGACCCUCGGAACCCGGGCUCCUGCCUGGUUUGCCCCUGUGCCCUUGGGUCCAGCUGUUCAGUCAACCCCAGCACACUGGAGGUCAAGUGCGAUCAAUGCCCUGCAGGAAUCACAGGCCCACGCUGUGAUGUGUGUGAAGAUGGUUUCUAUGGCGAUCCCCAGGGUCUGAACCGCCUGCCUCGGCCCUGCCAGCGCUGCCAGUGCAAUGGGCACAUCGACCUCAAUGCGGUUGGCAACUGCAACCGCCUGACUGGAGAGUGCCUGAAGUGCAUCCACAACACAACAGGCUUCUACUGCGAGCAGUGCCUUGAGGGCUUCUACAGGAGCCCUUACCUGGUCGACCCCACUCAGACCUGCUCACCUUGCAACUGCAAUCCCCUGGGCUCUUUGUCCAACAGAUGCAACAAUAUCGGUCAGUGUUCGUGCAGAGAAGGCUUUGAGGGGCUCAAAUGUGAGCGUUCUGCAUGCCCAACCUGCUACGACCCAAUAAAAUAUCAGAUUGAGAGAUACUCAAGAAAACUUCGAGACAUAGAAGCCCUGUUUACGAAUAUUCAGAACGGCCAAGUCCCAGUUAAUGACGUGGAGAUGGAAAAAACUCUUGCAGAAGCCGAAAAACUCGUUGCAAACAUGGAGCAAAACACUGGGAAAUUAUCAGUUUCGGAGAAAGAACUACAGACCCGGGUAUCUAAUAUAAAGAGCACUCAGUCCGUCCAAGCCAGAAACCUCGCGGCCGUCUCUCGGACAGUGGAUGGCAUGACUUUGCAGAAUCAGCAGUAUCAGAGGCAGGUGUCCAACAUCAAGCAACUGAUCAACGACGCCAGGCAGAAACUUGACUUGGCAAAACUGGAAAUAAGACGGGUGGAGUUGCCAGCGCAGGAUGAAGGGCCUGGGGUAAGCACAAAUAGCCUGUCAAGCCUGGUACAGACAGCAACCUCGCUAGCCCAGAGUCACAAGGAUGAAGCAAACAAAAUAGAGCAAACAGCGAAAAGCAGUCUUCUGGAUGUAGACAGAGCCCUGUCUCUGAUGCGGAAUGUCAUCAAUGGAGAGAACAAAGUUACCGAAGUUAUUGGAGACCUCAGAGCACAGUAUAACAGAGAUGUAGCUAAAGUCAAAGACUUGGAAAACCGGGCAGCCAGUGUGAGCUCAGGGGCUCAGGCAGAAAGCAGGACAGCAACCGAAGCAUUAAAUGAGAUAAUCUCCUUGGAGCGUCUUAUUCCAGACUCCAUCCAGAGGGAGAUUCAGAAUGUUAAAAGCAGUGCCGACAGUCUGAAACGCAGAGCAGAGGAACAACUCUCGGACUAUCGGACACUACAGGGUGGCAUCACUGACGCCAAGAACCAGGCACGGGAUCUCUUAUUGAAAGGAAAAGCUGAUCAGCAGCGUCAUGAUCAACUUUUAGCUAGAGCAAAUGCUGCCAAAGCUGAAGCAGUUGCCUCUCUGAGAGACAUCCAGAUGAAUGUAAAUGGUGUAGAACAAGUGCUGGGAAACCUAAAAGAUUUUGAUGGGCAGCUUAGCACAAACAAGGCAGAAGCUGACAGGGCUAUAAGGAGAAUCCCUUUAAUUGGCAACAUUAUCCAAGAGGCUGUCCAAAGCAACACCAAGACUGAGUCCAUUCUUGGGAACACGGAAGGGGAUAUUAACGAAGCACAAAUGAAAGUUGGUGAAUUGAAGAAUAUUGUGGAACAAAUGGAGGGAGCUGUCAGCACUCUUAAAGGCUCUAAUGGUUUACUGAGUGAAGCCACCACCUUGAAAAAUUCCCUGAGUGACCUGCAGUUCCAGACUUUAGCCACAGUGAGGGACCUGACUGCAGAAAGAAAUAAAGCCAAUGAGGAGAAAGAAGAGGCAAAAAGGGCUAUAAGACAGGCCACUGCAGCUUACAACAAAGCAGUAGAUUCUAGGAAGGCUGUGGGAGCAACACUGCGUACCAUCAACAGUCUUCUGAACACAUUAGACUCGUCUGGUGGUGUGGAUGAGACGAGGCUGGCGGAGCUCCAGGAAUCGAUCAGCAAUGCCAGGAGCACAGUCACGACAUUGCAGCCUAGACUGGACAACCUUGUGCAGAUGGAGUUCACACAGCAAGAGCGGAUCAGGAGUCUUAACAGAGACAUUGACAUUAUCAUGGAAGACAUUCAAAACUUAAAGACGAUCCAGAGCACUAUUCCCAAAGGAUGCUUUAACUCACCACCCAUUGAAAGACCCUAAAAGUAGCUUUUUUGGUUAAGAAUUAUGCAAGUUAUGAUAAUACAAAGAAAUUACUGAGGUUCCUUCAAGGCCCAAUAUCACAACAGAAUGUACUGUUCAAACUAGGCUGUGGAUGAGUUAGAAUCAGAUGACAUAAAGACACUCAGCUCUCCCUGAUUAGUUGUAAUUUAUUUGAUGAUUAUAAUGAGGACUAUUAUACACUGAAUGGAUGCAUUAGAGCCUAAAAUCUUACAGUUUUACAGUAAAUCUCCUAAAUUACCAAAGCACAUCCCCAUUAUUUCUAAAUAUACACUUUUAUUUCUAUACUUGUGAGAAUCUCCAAUUGAUUUAUAAGUGUUUUGAUUAUUUGUUUUACAUUUUUGUGUAUUGACAUUGUAAUAUUGAGAAUAUGUAUAUUUGUUUCUCAGAGUUUGUUUUGUUUGUGAUGAGGAAAGGUCUGUUUUCUACGACACUGAGCUACAAGUGUGAAAGACACAUUUAAAACUGUCAUUUUAAUCAUAUUACAUUUCUUCUGUUGCACACACAUCGCAGAAAUUCUUUUAGCUUUUAAAUAAGUUAAAUACUUACUUCCUCAGUUUUAUAAGAACAGCCACUUACUUUCCUUCUCAGAAAAAAAACAUUCAUUACCUACUGUUCUUUUCCAUCAUGUUUACAUCAUGAUAUUAGUCAUGAAUUUAAUGUAAUUUAUAUUUGAAUUUAAAUCAACAUGAGUCAGUGUAUCACAAAAUCCCUGAAGUGCGUUUAUUAAAUUUAUUUUUAAAUAAAUCUCAGUAUUGUGAAACGGUUGUAACAGAUGUAUAAUAUAGACUCUGAACAGAACUCAGUAUUAUAGCAGUUUAAAACAAUAGAAAAUACAUUUUUGAUGCACUGGGAGAACUUAAUUGUUUCCCAUUUUGGUAUUCAUCUUUGACAAUAUCAUGGGCCUUUUUACAUUUUCUUAGCACUUUUCAUUUUAUUUAUUUGUGUAUGUUUGCUGUUUGGUUACUGUAAUAUAAGUUUUAUUUAAUAAAAGCAAUUUG